UGUCAGUCAGUGAGAGGAGGGGAAGAUGGCUCGCCGGGACCCGCUGUGCUGAGGAAGAAGGGAGGUUGGGGGGGCGCAGGUGGUGCCGCCAGUCGGCGGAGAGGGAGAGAGCCGAGCAGCAGCCGAAGCUGUGGCUACGAGCGGCCGCGCGGGUCGGAGCUCCGGGAGCAGCCCUGGUUGAAGGUCUAGAGCAGAUGUGGAAAGAUGUUCACUUCAGAGAAAGGCAUCGUGGAGGAGUGGCUGUCAGAGUUUAAGACACUGCCAGAAACAUCUUUACCAGAUUAUGCCACAAAUUUGAAAGACAAGAGUUCCUUAGUUUCAUCUCUCUAUAAAGUUAUCCAAGAGCCACAAAGUGAGUUGCUAGAACCUGUCUGCCACCAGCUCUUUGAAUUCUAUCGCAGUGGGGAAGAGCAGUUACUUCGAUUUACACUUCAGUUUCUCCCAGAACUCAUUUGGUGCUACCUUGCGGUCUCCGCCAGCAGAAAUGUACACAGCAGUGGAUGCAUCGAAGCUCUUCUUUUAGGGGUUUACAAUUUGGAAAUAGUUGAUAAACAGGGACAUAGCAAAGUAUUGAGUUUUACGAUUCCAUCUUUAUCCAAACCAUCUGUGUAUCAUGAACCUUCCAGCAUUGGGUCCAUGGCUCUGACAGAGAGUGCCCUCUCCCAGCACGGUUUAUCCAAGGUCGUGUACAGUGGACCUCAUCCUCAACGAGAGAUGCUGACAGCACAGAACAGGUUUGAAGUAUUGACAUUCCUUUUGUUGUGUUACAAUGCUGCCUUAACCUAUAUGCCCGGUGUUUCUCUUCAAUCACUGUGUCAGAUUUGUUCAAGAAUCUGUGUUUGUGGAUAUCCUCGACAGCAUGUAAGAAAAUACAAAGGUGUAAGUAGCAGGAUACCAGUUUCUUCAGGAUUCAUGGUGCAAAUGUUAACAGGGAUUUAUUUUGCCUUAUAUAAUGGAGAAUGGGAGCUGGCCCAGAAGGCAUUGGAUGAUAUUAUAUAUAGAGCCCAGCUAGAAUUAUAUCCAGAGCCAUUGCUGGUUGCAAAUGCAAUAAAAGCUUCGUUAGCUCAAGGUGCCAUGAAAUCAAGUAAGGAAGGUACAAGGUGUAUUCAGGUCGAAAUCACACCAACUGCCUCUAGAAUAUCAAGAAAUGCAGUAACUAGCAUGUCCAUAAGAGGCCACAGGUGGAAAAGACACGGAGACACAGAGCUAACGGGUCAAGAAGAACUGAUGGAGAUAACGGAAGUUGACGAGGGAUUUUAUUCCAGGGCUGCGUCUAGUGCCAGCCAGUCAGGUUUAUCAAACAGCAGUCACAAUUGUAGUAACAAGACAAGCAUGGGGAAGAACCCGAGGCGGUCGGGAGGGAGCAAGCCUGCAGGAAGAGACAAAGAAGCGGCCGGAGAAAGCUGCAAAGAUCAUUUUGCGCGAAAGCAAACCCAGAGGGCCCAGAGCGAGAACCUCGAGCUUCUGUCUUUGAAGAGGCUGACGCUGACCACCAGCCAGUCUCUACCGAAGCCCAACAGCCACGGCUUGGCCAAAACAGCGGCCACUGUGUUUAGCAAGUCCUUUGAACAAGUCACCGUCCCACAGAAUCCACCACCUGCCAUCGCUUGUGGGCCUGGGAUGGAAGCCAAUAGGUUUUCCGCUUGUAGCCUGCAAGAAGAGAAGCUGGCUUAUGUCUCAGAAAGAACUGAACUUCCGGUGAAGCAUCAGCCGGGAGCACAAAGACCACCUAGUAUUAGCAUCACCUUGUCCACGGAUUAGCCUGUCACGUUUUUCUCUCUUAUGCUAGGGAUUCUGGCGCCGCAAUGUGGCUUUUGAUGAAAGCGCCCUGGUUCUCUCGUGCCUGCUCCUGACACGAGUUCCUUCAAUGCUGGAGGCGCCCUUGACUUUACGAAGGGAAUGAUGUCUAGAUGGCAGUAAGUGGAAGCACAGUUUUGUGAUUUCCUAGUUAUGUGUUUAUUUUCUCCCUCCUUGGGUUUGAGUCUUUUUAAAUUUCCUUUCUCGUGACUUGCCCUGGGAGUUGGCAUUGUGGCAACAAAUUUCAGCAAGUAAACUAAAGCGUCAAGAUCAAGAUGACUAGAUGUCAGGUGAAGGUGUGAAUUGGUGGGGUUUUUUUGGUUGGUUGGCUGGUUGGUUUUUGUCUUUUUUUUUUUUUUUAAACAGCUUCUGUUUUGGUAUCUCUGUGCUUGGCCUGCAGAGUCAGAUAAGACUGUUAAGCACAGAAUCAGGCAGACGUGUGACUCAAGGUGUUCUACAGCUGGCGGCAGUUCAGUGAGCUGGGCCAGGAGAGCAGGCAUGUGAAAAGAAAAUAUGAUGUCUCUGAGAAGUGUCCGAUAAAAAUGUGGUGGCUAGAUCAUAUCUAAGGUUGGGAGGGCUUGUUCAGAGCCCCAGAGGAUGCCUGGUGUGGUUCAGUACCUAGGAUGUGAUGUGAUUCUGGGACCUUUCCUUUGUUAGCGUUGGAAUAUUUUUAUGUCAAAAAACAGACUGCUGGUAGGUGUUGUUUUUGAAGUGUUUGAUCUGGAUGUAGCAAGUGGAAGUCUCUGGAUUCUGAAGGCAGAAGGGGGCACACAGCUGAUGUAUGCUGCUCCUCAAUUUUGGAAGUCCUCCCCAGUGUGGAUCCUUUUAAUUUAGAGAAUCAUCAAAGACUCCCCGGAAAUCAUGAAAUCUUGCAACACACUUGUGCUCCACAUACCACUUCUGACAGUUAUCAAAGUAUGUGUCUGCAAAUGAAGAAGGGCUUUUUAAUCUAAAGGAUGUCCCGGAAACAAUUAAAAAUGGUGAAAUUUGGACAGGAUGGCAUUCAUGUAUUGGCCAAGUGAGGGUUGCCUGUGUUCUUCAAAUAAGAAAGCUAUGAAAUGUGUUUCUUGCUUGUGAAGAGGCCUGUUUGAAAGGUUCUUAUGAUGACAUACGAAGAGUGAUCCAUUUAGUUACCCCCAAACCAGAAAAUAAAAACAAGAAAAAGUGAGACAGCAGAAGCUAAACAAGCUUGGACAUAACCCUAGGGGUGGACGUAAUCUCCAGAUGAAUGUAGGUACUUGGUGUUUGGCAGUCAUGGCAGCUGUCAAGGCGGAGGUUCCCCUGCGAAAAGCAAGUGUGUGCCUUCAGAAUUCCGAAUGAGAGGAAGAAGCAGGGCUGAGGAUGUUGGUGACUCCAGGCAGGCGGAGCAUGGGGAGCUGUCCCCAUCGUGGACUCUUUGGCUUGGAGUACACAGUGGAAUCCUUGUUCGUGACCCCUGGCUGUGGUCCCCAAGAGAACUCGCCAGUCAGCUCCUUCCUGUAGCUGCUUAUACAGAGUUCACAUAUGUGAGGAACUACCUGUGCCCUGCAGAGGGGCCAAGCGUUUCCAUGCUGUUUUGACUUCAACUGCUGUGCCUUCCAGUUUAAACCCAAUCCUUUAAGAACCCUAAAUACAAAGUGGUUUUUGGCAUAAAUGAAUUUGAUAGAUUUUUAAAAUUCAGUAACAGGAUGAAAUAAGAUAUAUUAGAAUAAAUUAUAGUAAAACAAACAAACAAAAAACCAAAAAUAAACAAAACUAUCAGGCAACCAGACAGUAAAAGUUGGUAUUGUAUUAAUAUACUAAGAAUUCUGUGCACAAUUUAAAGUAUUUGUAAAAUUCACUGUGAAUUUCCUGUUGUCUUUUUGUAAUUCUUUGAAAGAGUAUUUCCCCUGUGCAUGGUUUCUAACAGUAUUGAUAUUCAGAAAUGUGGUAGGACACGUUUUAGGAAAGGCUAAGUGACACAGAUGAGAGCUCAGAUUGUAACAUUGCGCCACAGGAGUGGAAGUUGACUUGAUAUUAUUCUAGAUCUCUGCUACUCACAUGGCGCAAUGACUGGUAGGUACGAUUGAGGUCACUCAGCAUCUUUUUGUUUUUUAAAAAACAAAAAGCAUAAUUUCACGGUCACCCCAGUUUCAUUGAAUCAGAGUCUGGGUUCUACCACGAGCCCAAAGUGAUUUUAAAUGGAUUAAUGUUUGAGAGCACCAGAGUACAAAAACAGGUGACUUGUAUGUUUGCUUUCCAGUGGUCUCACAACCCGAGGUCAAAUAUGGUAGAUGUCAGACUGUUAUAAUCUUCAUUGUUUCGGACAUCACAUUAAUUUGUUAAUAACACUGACACAUGACUUCUGAAGUCCUGCAAGUUUCUGACGAUCUUUAUUUUUUUUUUUUUGGAUGACUUUCACAUUGUUGAUAGGGUGAAAAAAAGCAACAUUUUGUAUUUUUCUUGUUAACCAUGAACAAAAUCAAAGCUGCAUCUGCCCACAGUCUUAAGUUGGGAAGAUGGCUUCUCGGCCUUUUGGCUAAGAUCAAGUGAAACUGAAAGAAGUACCACUGUUUUAUACGAUGCAUUUGCAUGUGUGUUUUCUUUUUGAUAAUCUCAGAAGUUGCUUUGCUCAGUGAAGUGGUUCUGAAUUUUUGCUUCAAGUGAUUUGCACCAAUUAUUCUUCCGGUGUGUGGAACUAGUUCUAUUACCCAUAAAAUUCUUGUAUGUUACCUUUGAUACUAUUUCAGAUAAAGGUUACACAUUAAAAUAUUUAGAGCAGUUUUAUAGCAAUGCUGAAUCAACUGUGACAGUAGUUGUUAUUAUCCCUAUCACUCUCUUCCCUCUUCACCUUUCAGGCCUAAAAAUUGAGGUGACUUUUGUAUGUCGCUUUGCUGUAAUGAUGCAAAUGGUCACCAAUUUGCUAUGUUUUCUGAACAAUGCGUCUGAUCCAGGGGAAGGAUUUCAUGAAGAAUCGGGGCCCUGCACCUGAAACCUCAGAGGAUCUGGGCAGAAAUCACACUUCUUUUCCACAUUAUAAGCCUCGAUGGGUUCUAGAAAUGGCCCAACCUGUCAUUGUUGAAAACCUAACCCUGCAGGAUGUUGUAGGCAAGCUGGCCUCAGCAGUCGCCUUCUGGAAUCCUAACGGCGGCGGGGGGGGGGGGGGGGGGAGACAAGGCAAACUUCAAAGCAGCAAAUCAGAACACUCCAGACCAGCGUCUCCCGGGAAGCACCCCAAGAGAUCCUUGUCUGUCGCCCCAUAGCUUCCAAAACCAAGCAUUGCAAACUUGAAGAGUGGAGAUUCUCAGCCCACUGAAUUGGUGACUCAGUCUUAAGUGAUGACUGAACUUUGUUUUGAUGAAGCAGUAUUUCCUUACCCUUGUCAUACAGGAAACAACCUAACAAACACAAGUCUUCAAAAAAAAUAAAAGUAAAAGAAAGUGUUAAAGGGAAAUCUAUUUUUAAGCCAAAAUAGAUCAAAAUGAUCCCACUUUUAAAGAGAUUUUGUCUUUUUUGGAAGAACAAAAUGCUAAAACAAAUUGUGGAGAAAAAUGUACUCAGACAUGUGAUUUUAAACCUAUCUAAAAUGGACACUUUAAUGUUUGAGUCUGUAGGCACAUUAAAUCUGCAUUAAAGAGAAGCACAUUAGGGAAAUAAUAGACAUUGGAUCAUGCAACUGAAAAAUAUUUAUGGAAAGCUAUUGAAGCAGAAAUAAUUUGAUGGGUAUCUAAGUCUUGUAAAUAGACAUGAAUGUAUAAUUGUGUCUUCCCAAUCUUCAGAUGAAAUUAUUAAAACUGUCAAUUAAUGAGCAUGAAUUUGUACUUUCAGAUUUGUGGCUUAAUAAAAUGAUACUCAGUAGCCCAUGUUA